AAGCUACAAGCCCCCAGGGCUUUAGUCGCGCAUCUGUUCGUCUGACGCUUGCAAGAGUGGAGCUGACCGGGGCCCUGCUGCAAGCAUUCUUCAUUGUUUUGCUUUCGACCUCAACCUCCCUCGUUUCUUUCUGCUGCCCACAGUUCGAGAAGCAAAAAUGGCCGCUCCCUCGCGCACGUCAUUCUCGCUGCAGGGCAAAAAUCUCAAGCUCGACACGGCCGCAGACAUCGAGCCGCAUCUAGAGGAGCUGCGAGCCAUUGAGAAUCUGGAAGAGAUCCAUCUGGGCGGCAACACACUUGGCGUCGGCGCGUGCCAGGCGCUGGCAAAGGAGCUCGAGCAGAAGAGGAGCCUCAAGGUGGCCGACUUUGCAGACAUCUUCACCGGAAGACUCAUCAGUGAAAUUCCGAGUGCUCUGCGGGCCCUGUGCGAUGCUCUCGUCUCGCAUGAAUCGCUCGUCGAGAUCAAUCUCUCCGACAAUGCAUUCGGCGGGCGCUCCGCUGAGCCAAUGGUCAAUUUCCUUGAAAACAACCACCACUUUAGUGUGCUCAAGCUGAACAACAACGGCCUUGGCAUUGAAGGUGGCACCAUCGUCGCCAAGGCGCUCCUGCGCGCAGCUGAGAAGCUCAAAACAGACGGGGGCAAGCCGUCGCAGCUGCGCACCAUCAUCUGCGGCCGUAACCGCCUGGAGAAUGGCAGUGCACCGUACUGGGCGCAGGCCUUUGCUGCGCAUGGCGGGCUGGAGGAAGUGCGGAUGUUUCAGAACGGCAUCCGCAUGGAGGGGAUACAAGAGCUGACUACCAAAGGCCUCGCCUUCAACCCUAACCUGCGCGUGCUAGAUUUGCAGGACAACACCGCGACGCUCAAAGGCUCGCGCGCCAUCGCCGCCUGCCUUGCGUGCUGGCCGAAGCUGCAGGAACUCAAUCUGAGCGAGCUGCUCCUCAAGCCCAAGGGCGGCCAGCGCAUCUUCGCGACGCUUGCGCAGGGCUCCAACCCUGCGCUCAAGACGCUGCAAGUCAACUACUGCGAUCUGGACCGCACGGCGCUGACGGAGCUCUCCUCUGCGAUCGAGGGCCACUUGAAGGAGCUAGAGCAUGUCGACAUCAACGGCAACUGGGUUGACGAGGAGGACGACUGCAUCGAGGCGAUCAAGAAGGCGCUGGCAAAAUGGGGACACGAGAAUGCACUGCAGGAACUCGACGAAAUGGAUCCCGAUGGCGAGGAGGAGGAGGAAGAUGAGGGAGAAGAUGAGGGAGAAGAGAAAACUGAGGAGGACCAGAAGGCUGGAGACGAGAAAAAGGAAGAUUCUGAAGGUGUCAAGACUGAGCCACUGGCAUUCACGCCGGCGGCAGCGAGCAUAGAGCCAGUUGCCAAGACGGAAAACGCACAGCCAGAGCUAGUCAAGGAGGCAUCCACGCUGGCAGCGGCAAGCAUCGAGCCAGCUGCCAAGGCGGAAGACGUGCAGCCAGAGCCAGUCAAGGAGGCCGAAACUGAUCGUGCAGCGGAGCCCGCCUCGCCACAACCUGCAGCAGCUGCUUCUUCGCCUCCUGCUCCUGCAUCCGAAGCACCGGAAGAAUGUGAAGAACCUGCAGCCGAAAGUGCAAGCCAAGCUGAAGAAUCAACAGCGGAUGUAGUGGCGCGGCAAGAACAGGAAGAAUCCACAACGUCUGGUACAGCAACGAGCAUGGCUGGCGGCGCAGCAAACAAGGCAGCGAGCUCCAGCGCUGACAGUUUGGUGGCUACGGCUAUCGCUGUGCCCGCUGCCACUGCAGCCCUUCUGACCGCCCAGAUUACCUCUUCGUCCGCACCAACCGAGGAUGGCGUGGAAGCGGAACAAGAGGGGGAACAGGGGCUAGACGCAUGCAUUCCUCCGGUGGCUGCUACUACUACUGCCGCUGCUGAAGUUCAGCAGUCAACAGAGGAAGCACCCGUCACAUAUGCAGAGGUGGCGGCGGAAGUUACCCACGCUGAGGCUGCAUCAACGCCUAUCUCGACACCAGAGGCAGCGCCAGUACCAGCAGCAUCGGCAGGGGCAGAAGAGCCGACUAGCGUGCUCGAUGCGUCAACUGCGGAGAAAGCGCAAGAUCCAAUUUUUGGGUCCGCCGAAACGAGCAAGGCCAGUGACGAAGCUGCUGACAAGACUGCGCUUGUGGCUACGGCUGAGCCUGUUGCAAUUACGGCUAGCGAACAGCCAGUGACAGAUGCUCCUGCAGCACAGAAUGACUCAAAUGCAGCGUUGGCCCCCGCUGUCAACAGUGCGAGCGUCAGUACACCAACAAAGGCAGCAGGGCAGAGCUGUGAUGAUUCAGAGGUUUCGAAACUCGCGGACAAAGUGGCCAAGACACAUGUUUCCAAACACAGCCAGAGUGGCUCAGUGGAUCUCUCCGGAGAACUGUAUACCCCCGGCAACGACCCGAACGAGCAGCCGUCCGCAGCGGCGGAGGAAGCAAAGAAGCAGCGCACAUGGAAACGCUUCUCACUUGGCGCUGUCAAAGAACUCCUUGGUCUGAGUAAGAAAGGCUGAAUCAAAGAGGGUGUUUGGCUUUGCAUGAUCAUGAGAGAAGAUGCGGCGGUCCGAUUCUAGGAUGAGGGCCUUGUAGCGCACUCAUCUAUAAUUUGUACAAAUCCUUGGUUCUUCGAUAUUGAUAUGAUGGUGGGUUUCUUCAGAAGAGUCGGCUCGAUUGCUCACUUUCGCCAGAUGGGCCUUCUACCGCGCCUCACAAGCUUCGCGAAUGGCGGCGCGAAUAACGGAUAUGGCUUACAUCUGGUUGACGUUGUAUUGGCUGCAAAUGCAGAUCAAUUGCGGAACAAAGUCUGCCCCGUAUUCA